GACCUUUGAGCUGUAAAAUAUAAACCAGGGGAAGACAUAUUUUUCUCUGUGAUGACGUUUUCAAGCUUCACAGUAAAAUAUGUAAACCAUCGAUGACCUAUGCGAAGAACUGUGAAGGGGCGGAGAGAUUACCUCUCCUUCACCUAAAAACCUUCAAUCGUUUUAUUUCUAUCUGGGUACUUGAAAUCCAUGCAGAGACUUUUUGAAAUCCAAGAUAGAAUCUAACUUACUGUGUUUAAGGUAGGCUACUUUUGGACGCGCAACUCUUUCUGGAAUAUGUCCGUUAACUUGACAAACAGCACUUGCAUUAAUGAAUCCGAAUGGAAGUCAGAUUCUUUCCGGUUUCUGGUGUCGGCUGUCGUGUACGGAUUGGUGAUAGUAGUGGGUCUGCCGCUAAAUGCGAUGUCCCUGUGGAUCUUGUUGCGUCGGCACGGGCUCCGGUCACCGGGCGCCGUGCUCAUGAUCAACCUCGCCGCAUCGGACCUGCUGCUUGCGCUUUCUUUGCCGCUGCGCGUCUACUUUUACGCAACGCUCCAGUGGCCGUUUGGAGCGGGCACAUGUACCACUGCCAUCUUGCUGUUUCGCAUCAACAUCAGGAUGAGCUGCAUUUUCAUCACUUUAAUCAGCGUGGACCGGCUGCUCGCCCUGGUCUUCCCUUUGCGCUCUCGGUCACUGCGCACCCCUGCUUUCGCCUGCAAGUGCAGCUUGCUUGUAUGGACCCUCAUUACCAUCCUAUGCAUCCAGGAGUGUGUAAAUCUCUACCGUGCACUGAAAGAGUGCCAUCAUCACAUGUCCUGUUUCGAGUUCCAAGUAGUCGCCAAGAGCUCACGAACCACCGCGCUCGGACAGGCGAUAUUUCUGUUGAUUCUCCUGGUGGUCAACAUCGUCUCCACGAUCAUGGUCAUAGUUGUGCUGAGGAAGCGUCCCAAUAGUGACGCGACAAAAGUGAACAACAAAAUGAGCGUGAUGCUUAUUUUUGUCGUUAACAUGUUGGUGUUUAUUGUGUUUUUCCUGCCGUUUACCUUACAACUCUUGACGCUGGAAGAGAAAAAUGACGGUGAGGUUUUACGCGCGUUCAUCUGCCUAGCUAGCAUCAAUUGCUGUCUGGAUCCACUUAUUUACUAUUUCUCCCUGGACUCAUUCUGGCAGGACAAAGGUAAAAUCCAAACAGAUGUGGCCUCUCAAUCUCUCAGCAGGUUGCAGGACAGGUUGUGACUUCUCUAAAAGCUGGGACACUCGAUGGAGACCACACAUUACAUGUAUGUCAUUGCAUUACAAAAUAUCAAACCAAAGUAGUAUUUAUUACUAAACAUAACAUUUACACAACAAACUAAACAUUUAACUAAAACAAGUAUAAAGGCUACUUUUCAAAAUGAAGGCAAUAGUGAUUGGGACACAUUCUGGCUGUCAAACUUUGGUUAGUCUGCUAGGAAACCUGUGUGAACAUUUACAUUUAUUUAAUGUAUUAUUACAUGUAUUAUUUGCGAUUCAUCUUAUGAGAUAGUAGUAUGAAAAGUGCUGCAUUACAAAGUUUCAAUUGCAUCAGGAAAAUACUAUUCAAGACAGCUUAGAGUGAAACAAGGGUAUUAUAUACAGUAUCUAUCUAUAUCUAUCUAUCUAUCUGUCUAUCUAAACUGGAAAUAUCACGGAAUUUUAAAAUGGUGUUUUUCAUGCCUGGAAAACUCAUGGAAAUAAUAAAAUCUCAAAAGUCAUGGAAAUGUCAUGGAAAUUUCACUGCUCUGAAGUGUCCGCACACUGAUCUAUUGCUUCAAAAAUACUUUAUUGGCUCACACUUGCUUGCAACGUUUCCACCAUUAGGCAUUUGUCAGGCAAAACGUCAAUGCAAAAUGAACCACAGUGAUAUAUAGGCACAUGAUCGAAACAUUGCAAGCAAGUGUUGGCCAAUAACGUAUUUUUGGUGCAAUAAAUCAGUGUGUGGACACUUAUAAUUUUUUUUUUUAUGUUGAUUGCAACUCGGGUUGGAUGUUCAUACCAUUUUUCUUAAUUUUUCUUUAAUUUCACUGCUCUAAAAUAAUUAAUAAUAAAGCUAGAUAAUGCUCUUGUGAAUCUCCAUUAUGAUUGAAUCAGUAAAUGUGAGCCCAUUUUGACAAUUUUUCAUACCAGAUCUAUUCCCCCACUUCAGAAAAACAGUGUGUUUUAUGGGGGCCGUUAGACCCUGCAAACUUUGGGGCUUUUUCCACAAAUACUCUCUUUUUGCAUAUUGGACAGUUACUUAAAAAGCUUUUCGUUUAUUCAUGAAAAUAAAUAAGUAUUUUAUCUAAAAAUAAAUGUGAUAAUUCCAGGGAUUUUUAUUGGCUACGUACUUUUUGCAACAUUUAAAAAAAUAUAUAUAUAUAUUAGAUCAAACUGCCUCAAAAUCAACCUUGCAAUGACUACAUGCAAUGAUCUCAUGGACCAGGAACAUUUUCCAGUGUAUAGUGACAAACAGGUGUUUAGGAAAGUGCUGUGGUAGUUUUUGUUGCUAUUUAGUGUUUUGGGAGAAAAUAAAAUCCAAUGUGCCUUUUACCCCAGUGGGACGUUUAUCCCAUUUGCACCCUACAUUGUCCAGUAAUCUAUGUGCGUUUUCAUGUGGAAGAUGCUAUUUUUAGAAUGUUUGCUCAUCUGCAAUACAUUGAUUAAUUAUGAUUGAGAAUAUAAAUGAAUCUGCUCUUGUUAAUCAGUUGUUUGUACACAAUAAUUUGAGCAUGAUGCUUUCCAGACAAAGAUCUCUUUAGCAGAUGUCUUGGAGAUGUACGUUAUGUGGUGGUAGGAAGCCACAUUGUAUGCUACAACCCAGAAAACCUUUUUUUUUUUUGCCACUUCCUGUGUUACCAAGGUGUGACAUUAUGUUCUUUUCAAACUGAAUGCAUACUUUUCAUGACCUGCAAGCAGAUUUUCAUAAAGGGAGGACAUUACACUGCAAUGCAUUUCAUUAUUUAGAUGCACAGAGGAGAUUUACUAUUGUUUUUGUGCAGAAAGAAAUAGGUUAACUUCAUUAAAAGUAUUGUUUUUCCAUUUCUGCUGUAAAAACAAUUAAAAGGAACUAGCACUCAGGUGCCCUUUACCCUUGACUAAGACACGUGCUGCAACACAUUACCAUUUAAACAUCUGUGUCCGAGAACCUACGUUUCUAGCCCUGUUAUAUUUAUUUAAUUUAUUUCUCAAUACAAGGGAAAUGAUGAAUGAACAGGGUGAGUGAAAAAAAAGAGAAGAUAGAAAAUUAAGAGAAAAUUAGAUUGAAGAACAUGAAAAGAUGAGAGUUAUCUGUCGUCAAAGCACAUUAAUCAGGGUCACAAAAAUGUUGACAAUGUGUGUGAAAGGUACCUUUGCCUUAUUCAAUCUUCAAUAAGGUACAAGGAAUGCUGGCAUCAUAACAUUUGAAGAUCAGUUCAAACUGUAGCAGCUAUCAAUGUCUUUAUCCUCAUCUGUACUAUCAUAUAUGUUGUUUGCAGUUGAUUUAGUAGAAAUAGUUAAAAAAUGAAUCCACAUCUUAUGCAUCCACAUGUUGUUCCAACCACAUAGAUGUUAGGCAGAAUAUCUGAACUGCUCUUUUCCAUACAAUGAGAGUGGACGGUAAUUUAUAUUGCCAAGCUCCAAAAAGGACAUAAAAGCACCACAAAAACAAGACUUUAAUUUUUGUGUGAACUAUUGUUGAACGGCCUUUUCAUAAGAAACAAUGUUGGUUUGUUACAAUCUGUUUACAGUUUAUAUAUUUUAAUCUUCACUAUAAUGUUAGUUAUCCAGAACACAAAACUUUCAAAUGGUUGAUCAGAUGUUAUCACUUGGGUUUCUCACAUUAAUCAAACAUUGAUAAAACUGUAUAAUAUAUAAUAUAAUCUUCCAUCAAUUCGUUACCAUCAUCUUUAAUUCUUUAAAAGCAAUUUGCUGUUCUGUUCUAUGUGACAAGCUUUAAGCAACACUGUAAAAAAAUUGCUGUAAAUUUAUGGCCAAAUUCCUACAGCAGUCUACUGUGAUUCUUAAAUACAGUAAUUUGCUGUUAAAAAUGUUGCAUUCUGGGAGAUCAAGAGCAGGCUUACUGUGAAGUGACUUGUUUUACGGUAAAUAGAUGUUCUAUGCAAGGCAUUAGGGGAAAUUGAACAUUAAACAAUUUAUUUUAUUUUAAGCAUCGGAUGACAACUUUUCCCAUUUAGUCAUUUAGUGUCUUUAAAUUCAACUACUUUUAAAUAGUGGUCAACCGAUAUAUUGACCGAUCAAUCAGUUUAUAUUUAGUGUUUUGUAUUAUUUAUUUUUAUUUUAAGCAUCGGAUGACAACUUUUCCCAUUUGGUCAUGUUGUGAAUAUGAACGUAACCACUUCAACCAAUAUAUCGACCAAUAAAUCAGUUUAUAUU